ACAUCUUCCAGGCGUUGAGAAAUAACUCGCAGUCAGCUGAAGAGGAGGAGAGUCGCGCUGGAAGCUUCUAGAAGUUCCUCCCUCACCCGCUGCUGACUAGAGGAGUAACCUUACACACAGGUCGAUGAGAAGAGCGCGGCCAGCACUGUAUCUCACAUUUAAUCUGCUUGGUGGCCAGCAUGGUGAAGGAGACAGGUUUUUAUGACCUGCUGGGUGUAAAACCCAAUGCCAGUCCUGAGGAGCUGAAGAAAGCCUACCGCAAACUGGCCUUGAAAUACCACCCAGACAAAAAUCCAACUGAGGGGGAGAAGUUUAAACAGAUCUCUCAAGCCUAUGAGGUGCUAUCAGAUGCAAAAAAGCGAAAAGUGUAUGAUCGUGGAGGAGAGAAAGCCAUUAAGGAAGGUGGCAAUGGAGCUGGAGGGGGUGGCUUUGGCUCCCCCAUGGACAUUUUUGACCUGUUCUUUGGUGGAGGGGGACACAUGCACAGAGAAAGGAGAGGGAAGAAUGUGGUGCACCAGCUGACUGUGUCUUUAGAGGACCUUUACAAUGGAGCCACCAGGAAACUGGCUGUACAGAAAAAUGUAAUCUGUGAGAAAUGUGAAGGACGUGGGGGCCGUAAAGGGGCCGUGGAGGUGUGCCCGUCGUGCCGGGGCACUGGGGUGCAGGUGAGGCUGCAUCAGCUGGCUCCCGGCAUGAUGCAGCAGAUCUCGACCAUCUGUGGCGGCUGCCAUGGCCAGGGCCAGCGCCUGAGCCACCGUGACCGCUGCAAGACCUGUGCUGGGCGCAAAAUCCUGCGGCAGAAAAAGAUCUUAGAAGUGCAUAUUGAUAAAGGCAUGAAGGAUGGACAGAAGAUCGUUUUUCAUGGAGAAGGGGACCAGGAGCCUGGCCUAGAACCUGGAGAUAUCAUUAUUGUCUUAGACCAGAGGGAACAUCCUGUGUUCAGGAGACAAGAAGAGGACCUGAUUAUGAGCAUGGAAAUUAAGCUGGUGGAGUCAUUGUGUGGUUUCCAGAAACCUGUCAAGACACUGGACAACAGAACACUUCUCAUUACUUCUCAUCCAGGCGAGUUGAUCAGACCUGGAGAUACAAAGUGUGUGCUGAAUGAAGGAAUGCCUAUCCACCGCCGACCAUUUGAAAAAGGCAGACUUAUCAUUUCCUUUAAUGUUGUCUUCCCUGAAGAAAACUUCCUCCCCUUAAACAAGCUGAAGCAGCUGGAGCAGUACUUCCCCGACACACGAGAGAAAAGCGAGCCCGAGAGCAUGGACGACGACCUCUACAUUUAUGCUGACCUUGAGGAUUGUGACCUCACCUAUCAGCGACGUCAUUACCACUACAUAGAAGAGGAAGAGGACUUUCACACAGGUGGAGGGAUACAGUGUCAAACCUCAUAGGGCUUCCAUUGCGUUAAAAAACCUUCGUCUUUCUCCUCCUCGCCCUAUGUAGUUUCUCCAGAGUAAACGUUGAAGAGAAAGAUAGGGGGUUGGAGCAAAUGCCAAUCCUUUUUUUCUUGAAUUGCCUCUUAUGCAACAAUGGGAGCUCUUUCUUUUGUGACUGGAAAAUGAAACUUUAGAGUGACGAAGUGUACAAUCCAAAGCCUUUUUGAGGGGCGUCAAAAUCUGCUAGUUGUUGAUGGUGAUGCGAUAGGCUGUGCUCGGAUGACUGUGGAACAUCCAGUGCAACUGCCAAAAGUGAAAGCACAAAGCAGACGUCGUGACACGAUGGUUGGAAUCUGUCAUGCUCUGUUUUUAUUGCUUUUGAGUGCUCUGCAGUGUGCCACUGUAAUUUUUCAAACAAAACUGUGAUGACUAGUGAGCCAUGUUGCUUUGAAAAAUGCAAAGAUUUUCCACAAACGUCUGAAUACAGUAUUACCUUGAAGAACAGAACCUUUUAAUAAUUAUUUGGUGCAGAUGAAUAGGCAGGGAUUUGGGCGAAACUCGUUUUUGCUGAGGUUAUCAGAGAUUAUACAUCACUGGAGAAGCCUUUUUCAGGAGUGCUGCUUUUUGCAGUCAGUGACACACACCCUUGCCUUUUUGGUGAGAGACCCGUGCCUGCUUCGUCGUCCAUGUUUUGAAUGAUAAAUUGUGACCAUGAACUAAUAACCGAGAAGAUCCCUGAAGGUAAUAUUCAGUGUCAAGCAUUUUUCUUUAUGUAGCAGCAUUUGCACAAUAAUUUUGUCGACUAACUUUUCUUAUUUAUUAGUAGCCUUUCCAUGUGAUGUCUUUCUUAUCAAUGUUAAUUCUUAUUAAUUUCAGUAGACAUCUCAACAGUUGUAUGCAGAAUCAAAAGGCAGAAAUCAUUUGUAACACAUUUUAAGUCUUUUAUGAUCUUUAUGAAAUGAAAAUGUCUUUGUCCGCCUUGGUACAUAAAGAGGCAGUCGUGUUCCUCCCUCUAAUUUGGAAAAACUUGCAAAAAAUAAUGAACAUUUCAGACAUUGUUAGCUUUUUUGUGUUGAAAAAUGUACUUUUUCUGAAAAUGUGAAAAAUGUGGACUUUGUUUCAUGAGUGCCAUGUUAGGGUCAGUUUUAAUAGGACCAAUAAUGUAAACAUUUCUACUUUAUAAAUUAAAUCUUUCUCUGUUAUCUGUG